CCGUAUUUGCAUAGCUUCCAAUAACAAAUAUUUUAAAUAUAAUAAUAACAAUAUAAUAUCAACAUUUAGGAUUUCUGGAUUUUUUUGACCAACAGGAAUGACACUCUUUUGUUGUUAGCCCUCCUCGAUUUGAAGCCAUGUCUUUCCAUCAGGAUCGUGGGGGUCCCCGGGGAGGAGUGCCUCCUGGCCAGCAUGGUACCAACCAGAACUACAGACCCACCAACAUAAGGCCGCCCCCUCCCCAGCCUCCAGUUCCUUCCUACCGUUACGAUUCGCAGACUGCCCCCUACAUGCCUCCACACCCUGACUUCAUGCAGUAUCCUCCUCCAGUUCAAUCCCAAACUUCCAAUUCUCUUAACCAGUGCCCAGUGCGCCCACCUUUCUCGAAGCCCCCCACCCGACAAGGCUUCCCUGAACCACCACCUAACUUUCCACCUCCUCCCUUGCCCGGCUCCGCAGGUGGUCCCUCUCCAAGGGCGCAGGUAUCUGCUCAAAAUGCCUACCACCCUUACAUGAUGCCUCCUGUGCCCCCACCGCCACUACCACACCCCCCAAUGCCUCCCCCCAUGGCCUCUCAAUCAAUGAACUACCACGCUCCGUACUCCAUGAACUACCCCCAUCCUCCUCACCCUCCAUUCCCUCCUCCUACCUUCAGCUCCAGCUACACCCAAAGCAACACCCAGUUUCAAGCAGACCACAGCAUCAGGCACGGGGGGCAGUACAAGUACGAGAAGCCCAUGGACAGCAGGAGGUCCCCAGAAAGAGGGUAUCGGCACGAUGAUCACAGGCAGAAGUGCUUUGGCUAUGGAGGCCACGGCGACAGGCACAAAAUGGAAUUUCCUGGAGAGAGGAAGGACCGCGGGAGAAGUCCAGACAGGCGCAGCAGGCAAGAGGGUGGGCGGUAUAGGUCUGAAUACGACAGAGGCCGGACUCCCCCCAGACACAGGAGCAGGGAUCGCAGCAGAGAGCGGUAUCGGCACAGAGACAGUCGGAGAUCCCAGUCACCCGACAGGCACAGAAAGAGGCCUCGAAGCCGGUCAACGAGCAGAGACAGGAAACGUGGUCGCUGGGAGGAGGAGAGGGACAGGAGGUCAGAGAGCUCCUCGGGGCUGAGCAGAGAGCGCAGCUUCUCCGCCAUAAGGAGCAGAGACUCUGAUGAAGCCUUCAGCGACAGAGACCGAGAGCGGGAGAGGGAGAGAGAGAGGGAACGGGACAGGGAGCGAGAAAAAGUGAAGGAGAAGGGCGAUGACGAGAAAGAAGAGGAAGACCUGCUGAAACCCGCCUGGAUUCGGUGCACCCACGCCGAGAACUACUAUUCCAAUGACCCCAUGGACCAAGUGGGAGACUCUACAGUGGUGGGAACGAGUAAACUGCGUGAUCUGUAUGAGCGCUUUGAGGAAGAGCUGGGAAACAGACAGGAGCGAGCCAAGGCUGCUCGACCCAAGUGGGAGCCGCCCAAGACCAAACUGGACGAGGACCCAGAUGACAGCAGCAGCGACUCAGACUGUGAGUCAGAAGGCGAAGGAAGCACCUGCUCCAGCAGCUCUGACUCAGAGGUUUUUGAUGUCAUCGCUGAGAUCAAAAGGAAGAAAGCUCACCCCGACCGGCUGCACGAGGAGCUGUGGUACAAUGACCCCGGGGAGAUGAAUGAUGGUCCCCUGUGUAAGUGCAGUGCCAAGGCCAGACGUACAGGGAUCCGCCACAGCAUCUACCCGGGGGAAGAGCCUGUGAAACGGUGCCGUCCAAUGAACAACAACGCUGGCAAACUGUUCCACUACAGGAUCACUGUGUCACCUCCCACCAACUUCCUGACCGACAGGCCGACAGUGAUUGAGUACGAUGACCACGAGUACCUGUUUGAAGGCUUCUCUCUCUUCUCCCACACUCCUCUCACUAACAUUCCAUUGUGCCGUGUGAUCCGCUUCAACAUAGAUUACACCAUUCACUUCAUAGAGGAGAUGGCACCGGAGAACUACUGCGUCCGAGGCCUGGAGCUGUUUGCCUCCUACCUGUUCCGGGAUAUUCUUGAGCUUUAUGACUGGAACCUGACAGAUCCCGAGUCUGACGGUGAGGUCUCUGGAUGCCCGCGUUUCCAUUUCAUGCCACGUUUUGUCAGAUUUCUGCCCGAUGGCGGGAAGGAGGUGCUGUCAAUGCAUCAGGUGCUGCUCUACCUACUACGCAGCAGCAAGCCCCUGGUCCCCGAGGAGGAGAUUGCAGAUAUGCUGCAGUGGGAGGAGCUGGCGUGGCAGAAGUACGCCGAGGAGUGCAAGGGCAUGAUCGUCACCAACCCGGGCAUGAAACCGAGCUCGGUGCGCAUCGACCAACUGGACAGGGAGCAGUUCAACCCAGACGUCAUCACUUUCCCCAUCAUCGUUCAUUUUGGGAUACGGCCCGCGCAGUUAAGCUACGCUGGAGACCCCCAGUAUCAGAAGCUGUGGAAGAGCUACGUGAAAUUACGCCACCUGCUGGCCAACAGCCCCAAGGUCAGGCAGAUCGACAAGCAGAAGAUGACACAGAGAGAGGAAGCUCUUCAGAAGAUCCGUCAGAAGAACACGAUGCGCCGAGAGGUGACAGUGGAGCUCAGCAGUCAGGGCUUCUGGAAGACUGGCAUCCGCUCCGACGUCUGUCAGCACGCCAUGAUGCUCCCCGUUCUCACCCAUCAUAUCCGCUACCACCAGUGUCUCAUGCAUCUGGAUAAGCUCAUCGCCUAUGUCUUCAAGGAGCGCUGCCUCCUUCAGCUGGCCUUAACUCACCCCAGCCAUCACCUCAACUUUGGCAUGAAUCCCGACCACGCCCGCAACUCGCUGUCCAACUGCGGCAUCCGCCAGCCCAAAUAUGGCGACAGGAAGGUCCACCACAUGUACAUGAGGAAAAAAGGAAUCAACACAUUGAUUAACAUCAUGUCUCGUCUGGGACAGGAUGACCCCUCCCCUUCCAGGCCUGCUGACAAGAAAAUUAACUUUAACUGUGAAAGCAAGGGAUUUAGCAGGAUCAAUCACAACGAGAGACUGGAGUUCCUCGGUGAUGCUGUUGUCGAGUUCCUCACCAGUGUUCACCUGUACUACCUUUUUCCCAGUUUAGAGGAGGGUGGCCUGGCCACCUACAGAACGGCCAUCGUACAGAACCAGCAUUUGGCCAUGCUAGCCAAGAAACUGGAGCUGGAUCGCUUCAUGCUCUACGCUCACGGACCGGAUCUGUGCCGGGAGUCGGACUUGCGGCACGCCAUGGCCAACUGCUUUGAGGCUCUGAUGGGGGCUGUGUAUUUGGAAGGAGGCUUGGAAGAGGCACGGCAGCUCUUUGGGAGACUGCUUUUCAACUCUGAGGAUCUGCGGGAGGUCUGGCUCAACUACCCACCACACCCCCUGCAGGUACAGGAGCCACAGACAGACAGGCAGCUGAUUGAGACGUCGCCGGUCCUCCAAAAACUGACCCAAUUCGAGGAGUCCAUCGGAGUUUUGUUCACACAUGUGCGCCUGCUGGCCAGAGCCUUCACCUUAAGGACCGUGGGCUUUAACCACCUCACCCUGGGCCACAACCAGAGGAUGGAGUUCCUGGGAGACUCUAUCAUGCAGCUGGUAGCCACAGAAUAUCUCUUCAUCCACUUUCCUGACCACCAUGAAGGACAUUUAACACUCCUCCGCAGCUCCCUGGUAAACAACCGCACGCAGGCCAAAGUGGCCGAGGAGCUGGGAAUGCAGGAGUUCGCCAUCACCAACGACAAAACCAAACGUCCAGUCGCGCUGCGGACCAAGACUCUGGCCGACUUGUUGGAGUCUUUCAUCGCAGCUCUCUACAUUGAUAAAGACCUGGAGUACGUGCACACCUUCAUGAACGUCUGCUUUUUCCCUCGACUGAAGGAGUUCAUUCUGAACCAGGACUGGAACGACCCCAAGUCUCAGCUGCAGCAGUGUUGUUUGACCCUGAGAACGGAGGGCAAGGAGCCUGAUAUCCCACUCUACAAGACCUUGCAGACGGUGGGACCGUCGCACGCGCGCAUUUACACCGUCGCCGUGUAUUUCAAAGGAGAGCGAAUCGGCUGUGGCAAAGGCCCAAGCAUCCAACAGGCAGAAAUGGGAGCUGCGAUGGAUGCGCUCGAAAAAUAUAACUUCCCACAGAUGGCUCAUCAGAAGCGCUUCAUCGAGCGGAAAUACAGGCAGGAGCUGAAGGAGAUGAGACGAGAGCGGGAGCGGCAGGAGAAGGAAACCGAAGACUCGGAAGAGUACAGGAAGUGACAGCACCUUCUUUGGGACAGCCAAUCAGGACCCGGGUCCACAUUAGGGAGUCUUCUCUGCAGAUGUUGCAGCUGUUCAGGCAAGAGUUAGCAAAACGGAGGUGCCACUAGUUGAUCGUGAAGAUGUAGUAAGGAAGAUAGAUGGGUUUUAGGUUGGGAUCAACUGGGCUGAAGUGACUGUUAGCACAAAUAUUUGGAGGGAAACUAGCUUUGUGGCCGGGAUUUUCAAAGUAAAAGUUGGACAAAGGGCAAAGAGAAUUAGAAAUGACGCCUCGUGCGUUCAUGUUUUAUGCUGUUUAUCACUCCGGCUCUGUCAAAGGUGGCUUUAUGUUGUCUUAUGUCUUAUAUGUUAAAUAUAAAGUGGAACCUUUUUAAAAACAAAGCCACAGCAGGACCUCGCCGUAUUACUGGCACAUGGCAAAAAAAUUCAUUUUUUAAAUGGAGUAAGAACUGUUAAAUAAACCAUCAGAGGAUCUAUUGUAAAUAAAGUUUCUGAUUCUGGUCCAAAAA